AUGAGCUCAGAAAACCUCGGAGACCGCUUAGAUAUUGAGAUCUUCUUUGAGGAUGUCGCUGAGUGUCUCUGGGACAUACUCAGCAGAGAGCAACUGCUUCUCCUGCUGACUGAAUUCCUGAGGAAAAUUGAGGCGCAGUCUGGUUUGUCCAGUAACCUCUACAGGGAAGACAUGAAUGCACUACACAAAUAUCUGAAUGAAUUGAAAAGAGACUUGGCUGGGAAGGACCAGGAAAUGCUCCCAAAAGAGCAGCUGGACAGGAGGAGGUUUCUGAAGAAGUUUCCUCGGGUGACGCAGCAGCUGGUGGAGCUCAUGAGCAAGCUCCGGGAGCUUGCAGACAAUGUAGACAAAGUCCACAGGGACUGUACCAUCUCCACUGUGGUGACCCACAGCACCGGCGCUUUAUCUGGCGCUCUGACCAUCCUUGGCCUGGCUCUGGCACCCGUGACAGCCGGGGCCAGUAUGGCACUCUCAGUCACUGGGAUAGGGCUGGGAGCAGCGAGUGCUGUGACCGCUGUGUCCACCAGCAUCGUGGAACAUGUAAGUAGGUCAUCAGCAGAAAACAAAGCCAGUCAAUUGAUGUCAAUUGCUGUCAAGAAAUGGAAGGUGCUCCUAGAGGUACUCAAGAGCAACCCCCACAUUGUUGUCACAACAGAGAAAUUGGCAAAAGCCGAGAAACACCUUGAAAGAAAUAUCCAUGCCAUGGAGACAGGCGAAGCCAACCCUGACUCUGCAGCCAAUGCAAACAUCCUCAUGAGCCCUGGGAGAAUCUCAGCCCCAGCCAUCCAGCAGGAAGAGGCAGCUUUCAAAGGCACGGCUUCGGCAGUUACCAAAGGAGCCCGGAUAGUGGGUGCAGCCACUGUAGGCGUCUUCCUCCUGGUGGAUGUGGGCUUCCUGGUGAAGGAGUCAAUGCACCUGCAUGACGGUGCAAAGACGGCAUCAGCUGAAAACCUGCGGCAGCGGGCCGGGGAGCUGGAGCAGAAGCUGGAGGAGCUCACCCAGAUCUAUAAGCAUCUGCAAGAGGAGCCAACUCCACCGCCCCCAGAGCACUGA